AAGAUUUAUUUUCUCUCAAAAAAAUACAAAUGAAAAAGCUCUCGCAGACUGCUCUCUCUACUGAACUUCCAAUGGCUUUCUCUCUCUAGAAAAGAGCAAAAUCAGACUCGUCUAUACAUACAUUCACCAAAAUAUACUCGGUAGAGACGGUUAUUUUUGGAGAAAGGAAUUUUGAUUCGAAGAUUGCGCUGCUACUUCUCUCUAAUCGCUGGUAAAUCAGAUCUGAAGAAACUGAAGAGUGAGGGUGGGGUUGUUGUGUAUAAGCACAUAUAUAGAUAUAUGUUCGAUGAUUUGGGCGAAUUGGGUGAAAUAGAGGUUGAUCUACUGAGAUUUUGGUGGUUAUGGCGGAAAUCUAAAUCUGCUGAUUGCGUCAGGUUGAUAGACUUAGAAUUGUAAAAGUCGUUGAGUUGAUAGAUCUCUUGUUGUAGUUUUUUAGUUAAGAUUGGCGCAGAACAGAGGCAGAAAAAAUACCGAGGUGAAGUUUAAGGGUGGAAAUUUGUUAGGAAUGGAAACAUUAGUUGUUGCUCAUCACAGAAAUCAUGAGUACCAUGGCAGAAGCCGUGGCCAUGGUUCAACUAGAUUUGGGUCAAGUUCACCACCUACGGGUGGUUUUCGCGGAAUUAAUUGUAGGACAUUUCAUUCUGGAGAAGGUUUGCUCUGUGCUCCAGCCAAAUCUUGCUCGAGUAAAACAAAAACCCCUGUUACCAAAAAAGCAUUUUGCCCUUCCUUGUCGCCUAAAACUCCUUCCCCAUCUUUGAAUGAAAACCCAAAAAUGCCGAAAAAAAUUGCUAAAAGCAGCUCUAUUCCAAUACCUAUGAAUAUCAAGUUUGAAAGUAUGGAUGGUGGGUUUCAAUUUUCUGAGCGCUGGGCUGGACCUGCUUAUUCGAAUUCACCUCCCCCAAGUUCUUUGCCGAUGCCCAACUUCUCAGUGAGGCCUAAAAGAACUGUUUCCCUUGACUUGCCGACUGUGGCAUCAGAAAUUGAUUUGCCUGCUCUCUCUCAAUCUGCACCUGCCUCCCCUAGGGAACGCAGUCAUUCUCCGAGCGAUUUGUUUGACAUUGCUGAUUCUGCGACGAAGACCUUGCGCCGCAUGCUUAAUCUUGACAUUGAUGAUGAAUGAAGGGUUGGUGGUGGGUAGUAGUGUUCCUGUAAAUAAGGAUAGCAGUUUGCUGUAGUUAAUUAGUGGUAGGGUUUUAAGUCUAAUAAAAAAGAUCAUGCGUACAGGGGAUGGCAUGCUAAAGCACUGGUGUUAUGGUAGUGCUGGAGCUAUAUAUCAAUGAUCGGUGAUCUCCACAUCUUUGGGACUGGCAUCUCUUGUUUGGUUGGGAGUAUAUGGUUUGGUUGCUCAGACAUGGAUUUUGCAUAUGGAAGUAGUGAAAUGGAAAACAGGGGUUGAUCAAGGAGUUAAUUGGUGUGCUAGAGUUGAGUGCUUAUGGUUUGAAGAUCUUAUGGUUGCUGAAUUAAAAGCAAUCAGAUUUUCAACUUUUUUUUUUGUUUGGGGACUAGAUGCUAUUAAAAAUGGCUAUUCCAGAUUUCUGUUCAUUUCUCUUCACCUUUUCCCCAUAUAGUUAGAUUUUUUAUACAGAAUGUACAUACACUGUAUAAUCUAACUUGUUUAGUGUUGAUAGUAUGCCUGUAUCUUUUCUCCAUGUUUCCCCCUGAAAUCCUGUUUAGUCUCCUUUUACUCCCCUGUUCAGAUGCUUUCUUGCUUUUAUCUGUUCUUCUUUUUUGUUCGAGUUGGCUCAUCAUCCUUUUUAUCCUUCUUUCUUUUUCUUCUUCUCUCCAGUUGAAAAUGCAACUGACUUCUGAUCUAGGUUUUCCCUUCACCAUUUUUCUUGGUUUUUAAAAAAGAAAAGUGGGAUUGGGAAUAGAGUAGUCUAUCUUUUCACUCGUAGUGCAUUUGUCCGAUAGUAGUUGAGUUUGUUCUUGCAAGCUUUGCCUAUUCUCUUUGUUCAUUAGGUUUAGAUGUUUUUUCUUCUUUUGUGUCUAGGCUUGAUCCUUUCUGAGCAUUCGAUUGUGAUGCCUACUUCUAUGAAGUGGGUUUUAGGUUUUACAUUUACCCCUUUCCUUGCUGUUGUUUAGUUCCAUGGACAGUGGAGAUUGUCGAUUAUAUGAAGCCGUUCACAGGUAAUGACUUGUAAUUUUGUUUAUUAAUACUUAUUUCACUCGUAGAUGAUAAUAGACUCGUUCUUUGCCAUUGACAGUGCUUGUUCAUGUAGUUGAUGGAAGAAAGAUUCUUCUGGAGGCUGUUCCACUACCUCCUUCGCUGAUCUUUGUAGUAUUUGGCCUUUGCUUUCUGAUGUAUAUGGUAGUCUGCUAUGAAGCUUUAAGUGUCAUGUCUUGAGUCUUAUGUUUCUGAUAGUUGCUAUUCUGCUUAUUUUUCGUUGAAUUGUUGUUUGAACUUGUGUCUGCUUGUGUAGUUUUCUUCUUACUACCAAGCAAGUUAUCCUGCUAUUCCAGAUUUUAAGCUGUUACUGCUGUCUUGUUUUACUUAAA